AUGGCUUCCAAUGGGGCUACUGUUCGCCACGCGACGCGUGAAGAUGUCAACACCAUCUAUGACCUCAUCAUUGAGCUUGCCGACUACGAGAAGGCCAAGUCGUCCGUGAAGGCGUCCCCCGAGAUCCUCGCCAAAACGCUCGCGUUCCACGACCCUUCCACGCCCGACACCUUCACGCCCGGCUACGCGCGCACGUUCCUCCUUGUCGCUCCUGAGGGUGAGGUCGCCGGCAUGGCUCUCUACUUCUACAACUACAGCACCUGGACGGGCGUCCCUGGUGUAUACCUCGAAGACCUCUUCGUCAAGACGAAGUACCGGAAGAGGGGAUACGGCAAGGCGUUGAUCAAGGCUUGCGCAAAGGAAUGUCUCCGGAUCAAUGGACAGCGGCUCGAGUGGAGCUGUCUGGACUGGAAUACGCCGAGCCUCGAGUUCUACGAGAGCCUGGGUGCGACGCAGAAGAAGGAAUGGGUCGGGCUGAGGGCCGAGGGCGACGCACUGGCGAAGUUGGCAGAGAACUAGACAUGUAUUGAUACAAACAAAAAAGGAGCAUAGAGGGGCCGACCGAACAUCGCACCUACCCCGCUCAUUCACGCACGUCCAGCGUCCCCGGCUUUGCUUCGGUGAUGGCUGGCUUGGUGUUCUUGUACAACCACCAAGUGGCGGAAGAUUUCUUAAUCCUGCCAAUAACCACGCGAAUCACGACUCGCGCACCGCAAAUUCGAAUUUGACACCAAACAAAAUACAGGAAUGGCGUCGAUAAUGCCAGCCAGCCAGCCUGUCGGCGCCCCCGUUGUGGACGUAAACAUCGGAUAGCGGCUCUUUAGCGCGCACUCAGUGUUUCGGGCGGCUCGGACGAAUCACGAAUGCGGCGGCGCACGAUCAUCAUCC